GCACUCGUGGCUUCGUUUAAAUAUAAAUAUCUGGAAAGUUUCUCUGCAACACCCUAUCGCUCAGUUUGUCUGCUUAAAAUAGACCCCGAGAAAGUUUAUAAGUAAAGACCGCUCUUAUCUCACACGCGUUUAAGUUCAAACUUCAGCAAAUAUGGACGGAUUGUGAUAGUGGCGAGUAGGCUACAACUUAACAAAGCCUCGCGUAACGGUUAAAACAGUUAACUUAGGUUUGAAGAGAGAGAACUAGAAAGAAACAGUUAUUGUUAUGAUUGAAUCCCCUGAGGGAGACGCGUAAUCAUGCGUAAACUCCUUCACUUCCCUAUUCUGCCCACUUGCUUCAGUCCUUCCGCAAAGCAGGUGUUUCAAACAGCGUCUUGUUUCAGAUGCAGAAGCUUUUAACUGGUGUGCGUUUGCGCAUUUACACGUUCCCAUUUAAGUGAUACAAUGUCCAACAUUCACUAAGUCAGUUAGGCUUAGAUUGGCUAGGCUCCAGUUCAGAGGACAUCAUGAAGUUUAACGGGUAUCUGAAGUUGCGCAUCGGCGAGGCAGUGGACCUGAAGCCCACGACCACCUCUAUGCGACUCGCCGUGAUGUUCAACAAGGCGAACCAGACCCUGGACCCGUACAUUAUCGUAAAAGUGGACGAGUAUAAGAUCGGACAGACGCAUACCAAGCAAAAAACAAACAUGCCCACUUAUAACGAGGAGUUUUCCGUUAACGUCAACAACGGCAAGCAAUUAGAGUUGGCCGUUUUUCAUGACGCACCGAUCGGAUACGAUGACUUCGUGGCCAACUGCACAAUCCAGUUUGAUGAUCUGAUGAAGACUACCAACAAAGAGGAGUCUUUUGAAGGAUGGGUUGACCUUGAACCUGAGGGUAAGGUCUACAUUCUGGUUACUCUCACAGGCUCAUUUAUAGAAGAUGACACUGAAGGAAAUGCACGUACCUAUAAGGAAUUUAAUCGAAAACGGCAGCAGGCAGUUCGAAGGAAAAUUCACCAAGUUAACGGGCACAAGUUCAUGUCGACCUUCCUAAAGCAACCAACAUUCUGCUUCCACUGCAAAGAAUUUAUAUGGGGUGUUUUUGGAAAACAGGGAUACCAAUGUCAAGUUUGCACCUGUGUGGUACACAAGCGAUGCCAUCAGUUUGUGGUUACGGUUUGUCCACGCAUGAAGAAACCUGCCAAGGAACAGCCUACAAAUCAGGGUUUCAGUAUAAACAUUCCCCAUAAGUUCAACAUCCACAAUUAUAAGGUUCCUACCUUCUGUGACCACUGUGGCUCUUUGCUGUGGGGCCUCGUACGGCAAGGAUUGCACUGCAAAAUUUGUAAAAUGAACGUCCAUAUCCGCUGUAAGGGAAAUGUUGCGCCAAAUUGUGGAGUCAACAAUGUAGAACUGGCCAAUAAACUGGCAGAAAUGGGCCUUCAGCCAGGAGGAAUGACCAAACGCAACUCCAUGGCUCUCGCAGGUAUGGACACUCAGUUCCGGACGUUGAGUGUGAGAGGAGAUCGAGGGGAAUCUAAAAAAGAGCAGAGUUGGAAACUGGGAAUCUCAAACUUCACGCUUCUGCAGGUGUUGGGAAAAGGCAGCUUUGGCAAGGUGAUGCUGGUCCGGUUGAACGAUUCAGAUCAAGUGUUUGCAGUGAAGGUCUUGAAGAAAGACAUCAUACUGCAGGAUGAUGAUGUGGAGUGCACUAUGACAGAAAAACGAGUGUUAUCCCUCGCUUCCACUCAUCCUUACCUCACUCAGCUCUUCUGCUGCUUCCAGACACCGGACCGUCUGUUUUUUGUAAUGGAGUUUGUGAAUGGAGGAGAUCUGAUGUUUCAUAUUCAGAAAUCCAGAAAGUUUGAGGAGAACAGAGCCCGAUUCUACACAGCGGAGAUCACGUCUGCUCUCAUUUUCCUUCACAGCAAGGGGAUUAUAUACAGGGAUCUGAAGUUGGAUAAUGUUCUGCUGGAUAAGGAUGGUCAUUGUAAGCUGGCUGAUUUUGGCAUGUGUAAGGAGGGAAUGUUUGAGGGUGUUGUCACGGGUACCUUCUGUGGAACUCCAGAUUACAUUGCUCCAGAGAUCCUUCAGGAGAUGCUGUAUGGGCCGUCAGUUGAUUGGUGGGCUCUCGGUGUGCUUCUGUAUGAGAUGCUAUCUGGACAUGCCCCCUUUGAGGCAGAGAAUGAGGAUGACCUUUUUGAGUCCAUCCUGACCGAAGAGAUCAUCUACGCGUCCUGGCUCGGCACAAAUGCUGUGGACAUACUGAAAGGGUUUCUGACAAAGAAUCCAUCCCGCCGUCUGGGUUGUGUGGCUGCAGAGGGUGGAGAGACUGCUGUAACCAGUCACCCAUUUUUUACUGCCAUUGACUGGGACAAACUGAACCGGCGAGAGCUUGACCCUCCUUUCAAGCCCAGAAUUAAAACCGCAGAAGAUGUGAAUAAUUUUGAUCCAGAUUUCACUCAAGAGGAUCCUACUCUUACGCCCAUUGAUGAUGACAUCAUCCCAUCCAUCAAUCAGGAUGAGUUCCGUGACUUCUCCUUUACCGCUCCUGGACUCUUGAAUGUGGUUUCGGAGAUGCAAAGGAGAGCUGAAGAAACGUGUGAUGUCAUAAAGAAGGAACGGAAUGCAGGAGAAUUCUCUGAUGUGAUAGAACCAAAUGAAUUUUGACAUUGGAAACUUGCAAGAGCAGUCUAAAAGAACAUUUGGAUACCAGUUUAUUGAAACUUGGCCUAUGCUUUAGCACAACAGUUUAAUUGUCUUUGUGUCAGUCAGACGCAUAGUGAGUGAUACGCAAAGAUCUCCAUGAGAUGCUCUAUAACCAGAAGACACCGGUUUACACCAAUCCGAACAUGAACUGGUCCGUAUCUAAUAGUGCUCAUAUCUAUUCUAAAUGUUUAGGAAAUUUGAUUUGACCCCCUCUGCACUUACUGUCUCUAACACCAUCUGCCAUGCACUAAUUCAGUCAGAAUUGUUCUAUUGUCAAGACACCAGACUCAAAAGUUUUGUAAAAUAUUUUCAUACAUUUCAUUGUUCAUCUAUGCCGUUUGUUGUUUUGUCUAUUAGUUUGUUUGUUUGCUAUUACGGUUAAGGUCAGAAUUUCACCCAUGAUUCACUCCAGCAUCUGUAGAUGUAUUUUAUUGUUGAUAAAGGUUACAGUAUUGAGUUCUCUUA